GAAUCGAACCCUGUCCUUCCCAAUUCAUCAACCUCAAAUAAACAAAUCAGGGAAUAGGAGAAAAAUCUUUCAGUCCCCUUCCAUACCAUUGCACAAUUUCACCUUCAGCUUAUCCAGUUCUGCAAGAACCCCCUCCUCCUUCGGGAAAAUGUCCGUGCAAGAGUAUCUGGACAAGCACAUGCUCUCCCGGAAAAUCGAGGACGCCGUCAAUGCCGCCGUCCGGGCAAAGACCAUCGAUCCCGUCCUCUUCAUCUCGAAUCACAUGAGAAAGGCGGUGCCUUCCGUGAUAACCAAGCUGAAAGCGAGGCAAAUUCUCGAUAGUAGAGGCAUUCCUACAGUUGAAGUUGAUUUGUACACAAAUAAAGGCAUGUUUCGUGCUUCUUCCCCCAGUGGUGCUUCAUUGGGAAUGUACGAAGCUAUGGCUACCGAGUUGCGUGAUGCAGACAAAGGGACAUAUCUUGGGAAUGGUGUAAGUAGAGCAGUUAAGAAUAUCAAUGAAAAAAUAUCUGAAGCUUUGAUCGGCAUGGAUCCAACACUUCAGUCUCAAAUUGACCAGGCCAUGAUAGAUUUGGACAAGACAGAAAAGAAGGGUGAACUUGGUGCAAAUGCCAUUUUAGCUGUAUCUAUGGCUGCUUGCAAAGCUGGAGCUGCUGAAAAAGAGGUCCCACUUUACAAGCACAUUGCUGAUCUUUCUGGAAAGACAGACUUGCUUAUUCCUGUCCCCGCCUUCACUCUCAUAAGUGGUGGAAAGCAUGCAGGAAACAGUUUUGCAAUACAGGGAAUCAUGAUUCUCCCAGUGGGAGCAACAAGAUUUGAGGAGGCAUUGCAAAUGGGCUCUGAAACCUAUCAUCAUUUGAAGGCUGUUAUAUCAGAGAAAUAUGGUGCACAUGGAUGUAAUGUUGGUGAAGAUGGUGGGUUGGCUCCAAACAUAUCGAGCUUUGAAGAAGCCCUUGACCUUAUUCAGGAGGCCAUAGGCAGAACAGGAUACAACGAGGAAAUCAAAAUUGCUAUUGAUGCAGCUGCAACCGAAUUUUGCAUGGGCACAAAGUAUGAUUUGGAUUUCAAAACUCCAAAUAAAUCCGGACAAAAUUUUAAAUCUGGAGAGAAUAUGGUUGAGAAGUACAGCAAACUCUGUACAGAAUAUCCAAUUGUGUCAAUUGAAGAUCCAUUUGACAAAGAAGACUGGGAACACACAAAAUACUUUUCUGGCCUUGGAAUAUGCCAGGUAGUUGGAGAUGACUUGUUAAUGUCAAAUCCUAAACGAAUUGAGAGAGCCAUUCAGGAGAAUGUGUGUAAUGCUCUUCUUGUAAAGAUUAAUCAGAUUGGGACUGUGACUGAAGCUAUUGAAGUAGUGAAGAUGGCUAAGGAUGCCCAUUGGGGAGUGGUGAUAUCCCAAAGGAGUGGUGAAACUGAGGACACUUUUAUAGCCGAUUUAUCAGUUGGUUUGGGGAUAGGUCAGAUUAAAGCAGGAGCACCUUGCCGUGGAGAGCGACUGGCCAAGUACAACCAGCUUAUCAGAAUUGAAGAGGAGCUCGGGGAUCAAGCAGUUUAUGUUGGGAAGGACUGGAGACAGUGCUGAUUAUCUCCUUCAUUUUCUACAUCAAACAUUUGCUCCACCUUCGUUAAUGUGAGAAGUCGAGCGAAAAUACACCCACUGCCUUUCUGUGCUGAUUCUUGAACCCAAAGAUCCUCAAAGCCGGAGAGAGAAGAUAUUAAAGGGCAUUAAGGUUGUCUACCUCAAGCUGUGACAACACAUAUCUCUGUCAUAUCAUGGUUUGGUUACUCGGCAUUGUAUCGUUUGAUGAAAUGUUUUUUUUGUUGUAGAACUAUAAAUUCCAUAUGAGAUCAAAGUUUUGAUUAGUUCAGAGAAGGCAUUUGCUAGUUCACAUCAAUUUUGAAAGCUUUGAACUUGGCUUGUAUUGCCACUAGCAUUAACUUCUAAACGAACUUAUUGAGCGGAGUUCAUCUCUGGUUAAUUCAGAGAAGGCAUUUGCUAGUUCAUCUCUAUGGUUGUUGCCUCAAAAGCUUUGGAUUAAGCAAACAGAUAAAAGUCUAAGGAUAUG